AUGAAGCGAUCCGCCACUGCCAAAGCUCGCCCUCAACUCCCAGAUUACUGCGAUGUUGAGCCACGACGUGAUGAUACGGGGAAACCCAUCUGGCCUGCUCCGGCGGCCGCCAUGGGGGAUGCCAGAGCAUUCAUAAAGGAAUGCGCCGCAAGUGGCAAGAAAGCUCUGAUUGUACCAGACAAAGACGCCGACGGUCUCUCAUCGGGCGUCAUCCUAUAUCGGACGCUGACGAGCCUCGGUCUCGAGCCAUCCUUGAUCGACGUCCAUCUUAUUCAGAAGGGUUCUUCAAUCCAUAGUCAGCCAGAGCGGGAAGCUAUGGCCGCUAAAGGUCCGGCGUAUGUCGUCGUGCUCGACCAAGGAUCUAUAGCAGCGCCACCCGUUGUCGAUUUGCAGUCCACGAAAUCUUUGAUCAUCGACCAUCAUUUGAGCGACCACUUUCCCGAAGGUGCACAGGUGGUCUCUGCCUGCCAUUAUCCGCCGGUUUCAACAUCGUCCCUUCUCACCUACGAGAUCUGCAAGACUCUUGCCCCGGACAUUACCUCAUCCUGUGCCUACCUUGCCUGUAUCGGCACUCAUGGCGACCUUGGAAACACCCUAAAGUGGUCUCCGCCAUUCCCCGACAUGAAAGAAACAUUCAAAGCAUUCACCAAGAAAUCCAUCAAUGAUGCAACCUCGCUCGUCAAUGCACCCAGGCGAACCGCCAAAUAUGAUGUUAUCACUGCAUGGACUGCUCUUCUCCGAUCAAAAGACCCCAAAGACUUGUUAAGCAAUGGCCGACUUCAAAGUGCCCGUGCAGAGAUAAAUGCAGAGGUCGAGUUAAACACGCAUACUCCUCCAAAAUUCAGCCCUGAUGGACGAAUUGCUGUCCUGCGGAUCAACACACGUGCGCAGGUCCAUCCGGUCAUUGCCACUCGUUGGGCCGGGUAUCUCAACUCAAAGGCCUUAGAAAUAGUCCUUUGCGCCAAUUCGGGUUACGUCCCUGGGAUGGUGAACUUCUCCUGUCGUAUCGCCCGAUGCGCAAGGUCGAGGCAUCCACCUGUCAACAUCAUUGAGAGCUUGAAAGCUGCUGCAGAUCUUUCAUCCGACGGCCUGAGAGAUCGGCUCGGAGAGAGCUUUGCCAGAGGUCAUAAAGAAGCCAGCGGUGGAGUUGUGCCUGCCGAAGCUUUCGAAGAGUUGAUGGUUUUGUUAAAGAUUGGUGAAAAGCCAGAGAAGGCCGAUGACGCGGUUGAGCCGAGAGCAAAGAAAGUCAAGACUGUCGAAAAGAGUCCACAGAAAAACACCCUUGCGAACUACUUCCGGAAACCAUGA